AUGUCGGACAUCCAGGUCGGGCAGACGAUCCGGCUCAAUGAUGGCCGCACCGCCAUAGUCCGCUUCGUCGGUCAGACACACUUCGCACCUAGCGAAUGGAUCGGAGUUGAACUCGAGGACGACAGUGGCAAGAACGAUGGAGCCGUUCAGGGAGAGAGAUACUUUGACUGCCCUCCCGGCAGAGGCAUGUUCGUUCGCCCGACUGCCGUGGCCGCUAUACAGGCAGCGCCGCCACAAGUCAAGGCGGUGCCAGCUCGGCGUCCUUCGCGGGCGAGUAACAUCGUUCCGAGUACGGGCAGGCAGGCUGCGGUGAAUGACCCGUCCAUGAACAAGAGGAUGAGCCUCAAUGCUCCUAGCCCGAGCCCGGUGCCUCGGACGUCUCGACCGUCAAGCAUAGUAAGGAGCCCAACAAAGUCCCCCACGAAGCAACUCGCGUCGACUGCGACAUCCAGUGCCGCAACCUCAAGAACCGGUACCCCAGCGAACCCCCGCGUCUCCUCGGUUGGCGCGAAACCAGCACGACCCUCGACAAUAGGCUCCCGGAUGUCCAUGGGCCCGCCAGCGCUCCCGGCGUCUGGUUUGACGCGGAAAACUUCAACAACGUCGUCAGCGCCUAGGGUGACAUCUAGCGCGACCAGACCGGCAGCUGGACGAGUUUCGAGCGUUGGUGUCCGGGGUAGCCUCUCGCGCCCAGGAGGAAGCCGGGUAACAUCUGGAGAUUCUGGUUCCGGCACUGAGGGCGCAGCUGGCAGAAGCGAUAACGAAGCUACGAACAGCCCUGUACGCUCCAGGACGAAGGCUUUGGAGAGGGCUACGAGUAAGACAGCAGCUUCGACCACAACCACGACUAGAGCUAGUGCUGUGGGGGCGGCAACAGCGGGUACGACACGGCCAGGCCAAAGCACAGCGGCAAGCAGAGAAAAUGAGGACCUCAAGGCCAAGCUCAAGGUCCUUGAGCGCAAGCGUCUGGAGGAUCGGGAGAAGAUACAGGCGUUGGAGAAGGCACAAGAGCGGGGCGACAAAUUCGAGACGAUCAACAAGAAGAUUGAGGCGAAGUUCCAGAGCACCAACCAAGAGAAUGCCGAAAUGCGGAAACAGCUUAAAGAGGCCUUGGCAAGGCUGGAGGAGGUCGAGUCACUUCAGGCAGAGCACGACUCCAUCAUGGAGCUGGCCACUCUCGACCGCGAGAUGGCAGAGGAAACCGCCGAGGUACUCAAGGUCGAGCUGGACGCGCUGAAGCAGAAGACAGAGGAGCUCGAACUGGAAGUCGAGAUUCUCCGCGAGGAGAAUGAGGAGUACUCCCAAGGGAUGACACCUGAAGAGCGGACAAGCACGAGCUGGCUGCAACUGGAACGCACCAAUGAGCGCCUGCGCGAGGCUUUGAUCCGGUUACGAGACCUUACCCAGCAGCAAGAUGAGGAGCAGCGAGCACAGAUCAAAGAGCUGCAGGGUGAUCUUGAGGAGUUCGAGGCUGUCAAGGAACAGUACGAGAUUGCCAAAGAGACCGUGCUAGAGCUGGAGACGCGCGCAGAAGAUCUUCGGCAACAGUUGGACGACAACCUUGGUGCCGAGGCCAUGAUCGAGCAGCUGAGCUACGAGAAGCUUGGCCAGGCUGAGCAGAUCAAUGAGCUGAAGGCUGUGAUUGAGGACCUCGAGGCUCUCAAGGAGAUCAAUGACGAGCUUGAAAUCAACCACGUACAACAUGAGAGGGAGAUGCAAGAGGACCUCGACUUCAAGGACAGUCUCAUCGCGGAGCAGCUUCGCCGGGCCGCACAACAAGAUGAGACAGUCGAGGACCUCGAGUACACUCUAUCUCGGUUCCGCGAGCUCGUCACCAAUCUUCAGACCGACUUGGAGGACAUCCGGGCGUCGCAUGCCGUCAACGAGGCCGAGUCUGAGCAGAUCAACAGCAAGACCCGAGCCAUGAUGGACCUGAAUCAGAAACUUCAAAUCUCUGCUGCAAAGACGCAAGUCAAGACGAUCGACUUGGAGCUCCAGCGAAUGGACGCCCAGGAAGCUCAACAGCACCUGCAGAUUGUCAAGUUGUUCCUGCCCGAGACUUAUGACGAAGAUCGGGAUUCCGUACUGGCUCUUCUUCGAUUCAAGCGCCUGGCCUUCAAAGCCACUCUGCUCCAUGGUUUCAUCAAAGAUCGUGUCAAUGGGCAGACACACCCUGGGCAUGAGGACGAUGUGUUCGCAGGUUGCGAUGCCAUGGAUAAGCUCACUUGGGUCUCUUCCAUGUGCAAUCGUUUCGUCAAUGCGAUAAGCCACUGCUCACUGGAAGAGUUUGCCAAGUACGAGGGGGCUUUAUAUGAGCUUGAGCCAGUGGAACGAGCCUUGAACGGCUGGAUUGACGGCCUGCGGCGGAACGAGCUCAAGGAGCAACAGUGUGCCAGCGAAUUGCAGCGCACGAUUGCCCUUAUGACACAUUUGGGCGAGGUGCAUAUUUCCGAGGGCCUCGAGAGCUUUGCCGACGAAAUCCAGAUGAAGACGUCCAUGAUGCAGAGCCACCUUGAAAGCGCGUCCACAGUGAUGGCCGUGGUGAAAGAGCUCGUCCAGCGGACUGUGCCGUCUGCCGGGGAGGAGGACGAGCUCGCCGAUCACUUCACCAGGAAGUCCGAAGCUGUCAUCUCUCUUACCCGAAGCGCCAAGGUUGUUGUGUCGAAAGCACUUCGGUCACUGGAGGACCUUCAGGCACGAUCAUUGUGCCUGACUCCAGAAACAGCCGAGGUCUUUGAGCAGUGUGAAGCUGCCAGCCAAGAGUUGGCCGAGAUGUCGCGAACAAUGGGCACUGACCUGCAUGCGCUCCUCACCGAAGAAGGUCGGGCCGAGCCCUUCACAUACACGGAUGUGCAAGGCACGAUUUCCCAGACGGCGAUGCAGAAGUUCUCCUCCAGCGAAUCCGACAUCUUCUCGACAUACUUGUCCAAGCUGCGGACUCUCACAAGCCAGAUUACGGACCUUGCCGCGGUCUGCUCAGAUUUGUCACAGACCCAAGAGUUCGAGCGUAGUGACGCCCCUUGGAACCUUCGUGCCGAGGAGAUCAAGGCCGCCAAGACGCUCCCGGUUGAUGCGGAAGAGGAAAUGCGUCACCUGAAGGAGCAAGCCAACGAGAAGGCUCGCCAACUAGCCGUCAGCGCCGAAAACCUGAGCACAGCCAACCUCAGGAUCCAGACACUCGAGGCCCGCAUGAACGAUGCCAAAGCCAGAGCCGACAGGAUUUCUGGGCUCGAAGAGGAGAUUGAGAAGGCCAAGGAGCACGCUGCUGGCCUGCAGCGGAAUAUUGAGGAACAAGACCGCGAGCUCAAGACCCUCGAAGCUGACCGUGACCAGUGGAAGAAGAUUGCUGGAGACAACAAGACGUUCGCGGCCGGCAAUGAAGACAAGUCUGGUGCAAACAAGGCCGGCCAGGAGCGUGCCGUUGCCACUGCAAGGGAGAUGGAUGCUCUCAAACAAGACAUUGCAAGCCUGCAGGCGGCUGUGCGCUACCUCCGUGAAGACAACCGUCGCGCCCGCCUCACGGAGCAGGGCAAGCAUGAUUGGCUCGCUGAACCGCUGCGCAAACCCACACCGGUGGCCGCUCAACGCAAGGCACUCGUCGCAGCCGAAGGCAAGGACGUUCUUGGCGAGCUUCUGAAGAUGGCCAGCAACGCCAAGGUCUACGAUCUUGGUAAGCUGCCCAAGGACAAGCUCGCGUGGCGACCGGCCAAGGGCUCGCCGCAGUACCACGCUGCCAAGCAGGCAGAGGACUUUGCGACCUGGAAGAGCUGGCAGGAUGCGGUGGCGCAUAAGGCUUCUGUGGUGCUGACUACGCAGAGGGCUGGUCCACGUCUUGAUAUUUCGAGAAAGGGCCCCAACGCGGUUGCCGCGAGGCUGCAGAUCCGCCUGCCUGGACUCAACGGGAAGUCCGCCCCUGCUGGCGACAGCGAGGUUCAGAUUGUGGGCUCAAGCGAGUGGGAAGGGCUCCAAGGUCGACGAAUUUCUGCCGCGUGA